CCAUCAUCACCUCUGAUCGUCUUAUAACACCUAUACAUCCUUCAACUUCUUCUUCGACUCCCUCCCGUCUCGCCUUAGACUCCAUUCUCGAGGGGUACCUUUGAGCCCUCAAUUCCCAGCGAUUUGCCAUCAGCGUCCAUCAAGCCGCCCCAACGUACAUCCGCAGCCAUGACCGUGCCUAUCUUGCCGGACCCCUUCACUCGCUUACCCGCGGAGGUCAUGCACUGCAUACGCGAGUUUCAUUCGCCACACGGACGCUAUGGGUAUCGCGACAAGGAACACGUGCUGCUCGCUAUUUCCCGAUACUGGUUUCGCAUCGUGAUGGUGGCCAAGUGGCGCCAUCUCGAGGCGCCUGUAAAUAGAGUUCUGGGUCACAUCGAGACUUACAGAACGUUUCCCUGGCUUCAACAAUCAGUCAUGUCGCUGACAGUUGGCGGAAGCUAUCCAUUGGGCAACUUUUCAGGUCAUAUUUGGGCCCACCUUGGCUCGACGAUGGUAGAUCCCGACGUACGGCUCGUGCCCUCUCUGGGCGAUAGAGUGUUUAUGGAUCUAAGGCGUAUCAUGCGCGUGCCGUUUAAUCGCUGUACAUCCCACAUUGAAGAGCCUGAGGAGGACAAGGAAGUAUGGAAGGCGAAUAGGGCGCAGGCGCGGGAAGAAGGAGAUUCGCCACGCGAGUGCGAGAUGUGCCAACGAAUCGACGAGCCCAAUUGGCCUUUUCCAGAGCCGCAAGAUUUCUACGAUGACGACGCUUUCACUGUCGCAGACCUGAUCUGCAGUGACCCAUUCGUCUUCUCAAAUCUUGACGGACCGUACGGACGUGGCGCCGUCCCCGGAAUCAGCAGCUUCAACGACUACUGGAGAGAGGCGGGUGUUCUGAUUGAUCUGGUCAAACCAAAACAUCUCCGACUAGCUGACAGAGCGUCUCCAGUGCCGAAGCCCCUAGCGAGUACCAUUACGGACUUACAUUGUGUCAAGCAUCUAGAAAUACAAGACGUAUACCCAUACUUCUGCAUUCCAGGCAAGCAGAGCUCCCACGCGCCGAGAUGUGAGAGAAAUAGGCUGAUGUCCGGCUCUCUUCGGUCUCUCCCAGCUUACUACACGAAGAUGGUCGCCAAUGUGGAAGAGCUCAGCAUGAGGCUAGACUGGAAUUGCGAUGAAAUGAUCUAUUUCUGGGUCAGCGACCCCAAGCACCGCGAUGAGGAAAAAUCUACAACCCAAAGCUGCCAAAGCGAAGGAGAGGUGAAGGGCGAUAGGGCGUGCUUUCUGAAUGACGACGACGAUGAAAAGCAUGAGGACGAUUUUUCCGAGAAGCGGAAGGGCUGGAGCUCGAUGUCGCUGGGCUUCAUCGCGACAGCCACCGACUCGCUGGGCCGCAAGAUGCUCGCGCGCUCAACAUGGAGUGGUUUCGAGCGCUUCAUAGAUGAUGCGCCUGCAAAUUCGUUGUCAGGUCGACUGCUUGAUCUCAUCGAAUCUGCCACGCAGCUUCGGCGGCUUACUCUACACGGUGAUGGAACAUGCGUAGCUCUGUUGAGCGCUCGUUUGCUCCCGGUCUACGCCACUCUUGAUUCUGUCGACACAUUCAUGACGAAACCUGGAAUUGCGCAAGGGAACAUCGCGGAGUUAAGAAAUGAUGUAGACGCCCACCUUGCGCACACGAUACCUUUGAGCAGCCUACGAGAUGCUUUCUUGGCGCUCGUUCAUGACAGCGAUCCACCACGUGCACUUCGAGAGUCAGACGUUCACGAUGUAGCCGACCAACCCGAAUUCUGGGUCUUGUCAAAGAACUUGCACAGGAUGGCAAGUGCAAUAGUCCAAAAGUUCAACGAGCGCGAGAAGCUUCCGGCCGAUGGGCAUCGCUAAAGGGUAGUCACCAGGUCUCCUAGCCAGCGCGCUGAUCGCCAGUGAAACUUGUUCUUCCUCCGGUUCUCUCCACUGCAAAUUCGACUUCAUCCCUGCUCAACCCUACUUUCAAAAGUCAUUCGCGACUCAUCACAAUCACAAUGCCGGUCUUGUUCAUCAUUGAGGGGUAUGGAUGGAGGGCGGAAGGCUACUGGAUUGUCAAUGCCGACCUGCUAGUCUCGGUUGAGAUGCAUAAUCAACAUAACGCUCUGACGCUAAAGGUCUGCCUUCUACUCCCAGCCUUCAAUGCGAGCCUGACUCUUCA